CUUUUACACGCGUGGUUUUCAUCCGUUCUAUUUGUUUUCGGUGCUUGAUUGCUAGUGAUCAUGAUAUUUCCGAUUAUAGUCGCCGGUCUUUGUAUUAUAAAAGCUUCUCAGGCAGAAGUACUAACACCAGAAAUUCGAGCUAAGCUUAUCGAAAACGGCAAAAAAUGUUACAAGGAAUCUGGAGUCGACAUGGAUUUGAUUCUCAAAAUCAAAGAUGGAGUUUUCACCGAUGAUCCCAAACUGAAAGAACAUUUGUUUUGCGUAAAUAAAUCAUUCGGUAUACAACAACAAAAUGGAGAUUUCAAUGAAACGAUCAUGAGAGGAAUAGUUGAAAAAAGCGGAGCUGACGAUAAGAAGGCAGAUGAACUAAUUAAAAAAUGUUUGGUGAAGAAAGAUUCGCCCGAAAAUUCCGCUUUCGAAAGUAUGAAGUGCAUUCAUAGCGUAAUUCCUUCCGGCGAGAUUGAUUCUCUAUUUGAAAAAAUAUAAGCGAUUUGAUAUUUUGUAUUCGAGCGGAAAACUAUAAUAAAGCAUUAUUUUUUAAA